ACCGAGCUUGGUUGGGAACUGAGGGAGAAGCGGAGCCACUUAAAGGGAAAGGGGGAAUUUGAGGAAAAUCAUGCGAUUAAAAGCGGCGAUUUUUUUAGGAAGUCCUCUUGAAGAGCCAGUUUAUUAGGUAAAGGCGCUGAGAGGACGGAAUAGACUCGGCGUACUCGUGUGAGGAGCGGCGAGCAACUGUUUGCGAGUCCGAUUCAGCGAGGUCUCCCCUCGGCAAGCUAGCAGGCUAACGUAGCUGUCGCUAACGUUAGCUAAAGAUGGUGGCCAGGCACUGAGCGAAAACUCCAGCAUAUUUUUUUCUGAGGGCUUUCUCUCCGCGAUUGCUGGAUGAACAGUGAAUGUGGUUUAGUUUAUUAUUUAAUUUUUAUAUAUUUUUAAAUAAUUUCUGGGAACUCCUGCUUGAAUUCGGCUCUCCGUUUAGACUCCGUACCCGCUCUUCAUUAAAAGCUCUAGGCUGAGUGUCUGAGGACAGUCGGCUUUUAAGAAGUUGGUUCGCUGGGUUUUUAAUAAAUGUUCAGGCGAGUGCACUGUGGCCGAAUGUCGCCCAUCCACAUGAACUGAGUUCUCGCUGUUUUAUAAUGCACAGCUGCAGUGCAAAGUGUGCUGCAAGAAGGAGACCUACGGCGGGGAAUUUAUGCGGCAUGGUGGACGAGGAUGCUCCCUUGUAGGCUGUAGAAACCGAGGAACUCGACUGGAUUACUCCGACCCGGGAUGGAUUACCCUCAGAUUCUCGGGCACGACGCGCUCCACGUCGGUUAAUGGCAGUUGAGCGCUGCUUUAGCGGUGGAUCACAACAACACAUGGUUCGCCUUCAAAUUCAUUUAGAAGACUUGGAGGGCAAAUUACAUGGAGACUAGUUGGUCAUGCCAAGGAAGGAGUUACCAUUGCCAGAGGGUUGGGAAGAAGCCCGAGAUUUUGACGGGAAGGUCUACUAUAUUGACCAUAUCAAUCACACCACCAGUUGGAUUGACCCAAGGGAUAGGCAGACCAAGCCCCUGACCUUCGCUGACUGUAUUGGAGAUGAGUUGCCAGUGGGCUGGGAGGAGGCCUAUGAUCCCAAAGUUGGAGCCUAUUAUGUUGACCAUAAUACAAAGAGCACUCAGCUGGAAGACCCACGGGCACAGUGGCAGCAUGAGCAGGAGCGCAUGCUGCAUGAGUACCUCAGUGUAGCAAAGGAUGCACUGAGCGCCCAGAAGGAGAUCUACCAGGUCAAAGAGGAGCGCCUCCGCUUGGCCCAGCUAGAAUAUCGGCAGCUCAAUGAUGCCUGGAGAGACAAGUCCUCCUCACAGACCAGCUUAAAUUCCAGAUCCUCAUCAAGCAGUAAAUAUGACCCUGAAAUUCUCAAGGCAGAGAUUGUAACUGCAAAAAGUCGGGUGAAUAAGCUGAAGAGAGAUCUGGCCUGUAUGAGGCAGGAACUGCUUUAUAAGGAGCAGGGGUUUGAAACGCUGAAAGAAAUUGACCAUAAAGUGACAAGCUCGUCAUAUGGCUACAAGCAGCAUGAAGCCCAGGCCAUUCUGAAGGAGGUCAGGACCAUUAAAGAUGCCAUUAGCUCUGGAGAGAAGGAGAAGCAGGAGCUCAUGCAGAAACUAGCUGUGCUAAAGGACGGCUUCCAGUUGGAUUAUGGCUCCCAAUCCGAGCUGUGGGCCAGUAGCCCCUCCCUGGCUAAUUCAAACCUGUCCCUUCCUCGCCUCUACUCUGAUGCAGAGUCCCAGACUGACAUACCGGCUGAAUUUGUUUCAAGCUCCAAUAAGCUGGCUGAGAAGGUACGACUGAGCUUGAAGUAUGAAGAGGCGAAAAGGAGGAUUGCUAACAUUAAGGUCCAGAUAGCCAAAUUGGACAGUGAUGCAUGGCCGGGCCUGCUGGACCCUGAGCGGGACCGGCUGAUCCUCAUCAACGAGAAAGAGGAACUGUUGAAGGAGCUGCAGUACGUCAAGCCAUGCAAGCGUGCACCCAAUGACGCAGAAAAGAUUGAGACGGAGAAGAAGCGGCUGGAGCAGGACCUGCAGGCUGCACGCGACAACCAGAGCAAAGCGUUAACUGAGAGGCUGAAGCUACAUUGCAAGAGGAACAAACUGGUGAACGAGCUGGAGGAGGUGGUGAGGCAGGCUUCCUCACUACAUACACAACUGAAGAGCCUGUCAGCCAGCAACCUGUCAUGUUCCUCAGGCAGCAGCCGUGGUUCGCUCACCUCCAGUCGAGGUUCUUUGGCUACUUCUAGUCUCGGCUCAUCCUCUUCUCUUAGCUUCACCGACAUCUAUCUGGAACAGCCUGAGCUGAAUGACCCGGAUUUCCAGGUCAAGCUGGACUCACUGCUGCAGGAGGGUGCUUCGUCUAGCUACAGGCCCUCCAGCUCUAUCACUACCAUCCAUGAAAACGAGGUGUCCUCUGGGCCAGCUGGUGGCAACCUGGGCCCUGGCCAGCGAUUACUGAUCUCGCGUCUGUCUGAGACGCCACACUCCAUGAGCUCCCUGUCGCCACGCUCCUCUCUGUCCUCGCUUUCCCCACCCUGUUCGCCACUCGUCCCCGACACGACCUUCUUGGCAGGAGAGCCCUUCCCAGGUCCAGCCUCACACCUUGACCUGGAGCUACAGGCCCGGCUCGCUGAGCUGCGGUUGGAGGGGGAACAGCAACUAGCACAGCUGGCACAGCUAGCUUACCGCGAUGCUAAACAGGAUGCAAGUACAGGUCAUGGUGAGGCUGCUAAAGAUGUUAUUGCGCAAACGAAGGUUUUGGGGCCCAGCUCAAAGAAGGUGGGCGUAACGUCAGCUGUGUCUGAUGAAUCGGUGGCAGGAGACAGUGGAGUGUAUGAGGCAUCGGAGAAAAGACCCGGAGUCCCUACAGAGCAGCUGCUGGGGUAUGAUGAAGGAGGAUCAGUCAGUUGUGCUCAGAUCAGAUUAGGUCUGAAGUACGAAGUUAAAGAGAAGAGAUUUGCCGUUUUCAUUGUUCAGCUGACCAACUGCAGUGCCCUCUCCCUGCCUGCCAGCCAGAACAUAUAUGUUCGGGCAGUGGUACUGCCCUGCCCAGAGGCCACUCGCUGCCUGUUCCGCACCCGUGGCUCCUUGCCCCACGACACAGUGGAGCUGAACGAAGUAUUUAGUGUGCAGCUCUCCCCUGCCGUGCUUAGACAGAAGACCCUGCGCAUUGAUGUCUGCAGCACCAGCAAGCCUGGAAGAGAGGAGUGCCUGGCUGGUGCUCAGAUAAGUUUGGCUGAUGUGGACUGUUCAGAAGAGUGGUGCACCAAGUGGUAUAACCUCCUCAACUACAUGUAUAUUGCAGACAUGGAUGGCAAGCACAAAGAGCCAGAGGCCUCCACACAGCCAGAGACUGCAAUACCCAGCACCACAGAAAACCCAGCAGCUAACUUACAGAAUGCACCUGAGGAAGACUGGCACACAGAUCCUCUGGAGAGUGACGUCUUUGUGGAUGGGGUGGGCAGUGACAUUGAGGGGGAAGAGUUUUACCCUGAAGGUUGCCCGUGGGAGGUUGAAGAGGAGGAUGAAGAGGAGGUGGGCCAGCCUGGUCCAGCAGCAGCUAUCCCAGAAAAGGUGAAUAAAGAGACAAGCAUGGAGGGCCUCCCUUGUGCUGCCUCUGUGGUCCGGCCUAAGGAGCGGCGGCCUGAAAUCAACCAACAGAAUCCUUUUAUGAGGGGCAACACUAUUAUCCGCUCCAAGACCUUCUCCCCAGGUCCCCAGAGCCAGUAUAUCUGCAGGAUUAACCGCAGUGACAGCGACAGCUCCACUUUGUCCAAGAGGUCUCCCUUUGUCCGGAACGCCUCAGAGAGACGCAGCGUCCGCAUUAAAAAGCCUCCGAUGCAGGUACGUGGGCUAGAUGGUGUUCUCCGGACCCCUCUGGACCUGGAGCUGGAGUUACAAGUGUCUCGGACACGUCACAACCGGCUGAGCGAGGAGCUGCGUGUGCUGCGGCAGCUGAAGGAGCAGCUGGAGAGUGCUCGGCAGCAGGGCCAGCGUAGCCUCCCUGCCUGGGUACAGGAGGAUGAACGUUUUCGCCUACUGCUCAGACAAGCUGAGAAACAGACUCAAGAGGAGCAACUGCAGGAGCAAAGAGUGGAGAAGAUGAUGCGGGCGGCAGCUAAGGAAGUGCACAAGAUUCGAGGGCAGAGCCGUAAAGAAGGGCCUGAAGUCCAGUCCUUCAGAGAGAAGAUGGCUUUCUUCACCCGGGCAAAAAUACGCGUUCCUGACCUACCGGCUGAUGACGUAUAGAGGAUCUAAAGUAUUUCUGAGUCUUAACUGCUGUUUCAUUGAAGAAGCUGACCUCUGGUGGUAUUAUGAAGAAUUAUGCAGAUAGUGUAUGUUCAGUAGGAAAAUGUCAUUUAAUACACUGGGUUUUAGCUCUCAAUUGAAAGUCUGUAGAACAUUUUGUUUGUUUUUUUUUUUAGCUAGUACCAACAACAGCAUUUUGUUUUUUUAUUUUUUUGCUCUUUGUAGCAUUGUUUUUCUGUUACUAAUAAUUGUAUAUUGGUAUCUGUAUUAGGUAUUUUUUGUGGUAGAUGAUCAUUCCAAAACACCAAUUGUUUUUUGUUUUUUGUUUUUUUUUUUAAAGACAAGUAAGGAGGGUAAAAAACAGUUGCUCUGUUAAUUGGACAAGACCACUUACUGUAACUCGAUGAUGUGAAUACAGAUCCUUAUGGUACUUUUAUGAUUCAUAGCACAAGGGUUUGGAAAUCACCAUUUGGAGGUUUUGUCAGUGUGAGUGAAAAAUCGGCUCUGCCAGUGGUGUCUCAACACAUGCAAGCACAUGCUAGUCACACAAGCUUUUGCCAAGAGGAAGAUUGGCUCUUAUUUUUAUAACCUUAACGAUAUGUAAAAAAUAUUGCUAACAUUAGCAGACAUAGAAAUGAAUGAAAGUACGAAUAACUGUAGCCCAGAAGAGUUUUAUAUGUAGCUAGCUAAUGGGUAGCUAGUUGUAACUCGCUACAGCAUCAAUGCCAGCUGGUUCCCAGUGUUCACUUUGAUGAAUGCACAAGUAUACACGAUUGUCCACAAGGCGCAGCACAUAAACGAGUGGCCACAGUCUCAGCAAUUAAGUAGAAACUGCACUUAGUCCCACAGCCUCUCAGGUAGAAUCUUGGCUAGUUCAUGCACUUUAAUAGUAAUCAGAGAGCGGGGAAUGCUGUCAUAGCACAUUGUAACUCGCGAGCACAUGAAGGCCUGAUGCAUGUCUCAAUCUCUCCUUGCCCUGGAACUGAACUUAAUUUGUGAGCUCUUGUGUCCCCUUAGAAACGUUUGCGAACCAAGUUGAUUUUUAGUUAAUUAUUAUUUUGGUUCCCUUUGGUUUAUUUUAUUCCAGAUUACUUUUAAGAAUUCUGAACAUGCUGAGUAGCCAGUCCAGUUCAUGGCUAAUCAUCUCCUAAUCAGUUGUGUAAUUCCACCUCCCUCCUCCCAACACAUUCAAAAUGCUGCAAAAGAGCUUUCUGGCUGAAGUGCAGCUGCAGUCUGGGCACAUGGCACACAUCCUGCAGAGGAGGGCCGUGAUGUCACAGUCAAUGAAAUAUGGAACGAGAUCAUUCGGCAUGGCAAAACGUCAACGCCGAACUUGAGCGCUUGAUGCCGCAGAGCUACUUGCCCACUUUCCCCUGCAAACGCUUAAUAAUGCAUAGCAAGCCUGUUAUGUAACCCAUAGCUGUGUUUAUCCUUUCUGACAUGCCCCCGUGCUGCAACCUGAAUUCUCAUACUGAAUGUUCAGCUCAGUCCUGGUCUUUCAGCUAAGUGGAGAUUGCACAUUCACAUGUACACGUCAGUGUUUUGACACCAAUCGACUAUGAAUGUUAGCAAAUGCUCAGUCAUUCAGAUCGGCUUUGGCUUUGACCAAAGGGAGAUGCUUAUCCGAGUGAAGCACUUUCUGUGAGGCCCAGAACAAAAUGUGAGUUUGGGUCCUAACCACUAACUUUUAACAGGGACUGACUUUUAAAAAUUCUACAUAAUUCAGUUAUUGAGUUGAAAACAGUCAGUCAGGGUAGUUUGCUUUGAGCUGGCGCACUGUACAUUUACAUUGGUGGUGAUAGGACCCAGGGGUCGCCGUAUACACAAACCGAUGUUGUUUCUAUAGUGAUGAACUGCAAUGAAGAUCUAGCCAAACAUUCUGAAAUUUUGCACACACAGAUUAAAAAAAAAUGAAUAAAACAGUGAAUGCAAUAAAAGAAAUUAUUUAAUAAAAUAAAAAAGACUUACUAAAAUGAUUAUAGUAUGUAGGCUACAGUAUAUGCCACUAGGUCCUCAACAAAAGGAUGUUUGGUCAUCCAAGGCAAAUGAUCCCAUUGUUUUUCAGUUACACUUCGCAUGUGCCACUGCAAUUUGGGGAUCUUUUUAGAACUAUCAAAAGCUGCAACUACAGAUGUUAUGUUAGUGGGGACUUUUCAUUCUUCUUUUUGUUUUGUGUAUUCAGUGGGAUGUUUCAGUUCAGUUCACUGUACUUUAUUAGUCCCAAAAAGGGCAAUUCAUUUCUCUGAAUUUUCAGUGCAUCCCUAAAUCGCUAUCCAAAAUGACUGUGUUCUAUGUUUAAUAUGUAAUCCUGAUUAUGGUAAAGUAAUAGUAAGUCUGAAAAAAUGUUUCCUUAGGGACUAUUUGUUCCUUACGUGAAUAGUUAAAAAAAAACAAAAACAUUUUAGGUGCAUCAGGCUACUUAUUCAUAACCGCUUCCUAUAAUAGCUUUCUGUGGUGCUUUUAGAGGCAAUAAGCACUUCAGAUGUCUAGUUUCUGUCACCACCACUGUGUAAAUGCAGUAUUUCACAUCAAACCAUUCUGAAUGACUUGUAUUAUGUAGAAAUUGAGCAAAAUAGUCAGAAUUCCCCUUUAACAAUGACUUUUCCUUUAUUUCUUACACAUCUCCGUUUUUAGUAGUUCACAGAACAGUUAUGGAUGUUUAUUUACUUCGUUCAUUUACAAUGUUUAAACAUCUCAUGUAUCUAAACCACUCUAUAAUGAAGUUAUGCAAAGCACUCACUAAGCUUAUGUACAUGAAACUACACUACAUAGAUUUAAGCUCCCCCUUCUGGUUCAGCCUGAUGUUUUACCCAACUUUUUCUCCCUGAUUAUCCUGUCUUGCUAUUAUUGCCAGGCGGUGGGGUUCCCCACGUCUCCUUUGAGCACUAAUGAGCGCUCGCAGUAAUGAGCACUAGACACGUGUUUUAAAACUCCAGCCACAGUGUUGGGCAAAUUAUAUAAAUAACCAUUCUUGACACAGCAUGAAUCAGCACCAGCCAGUUUAAAAAUCCGACAAGACAAAUCCAAAGACCUUCAGUUUGUUCCAGUGUUGUUCACGCGUGCAUGUGGCACCUGAAAGUUAAUUUGCUCCACCCAGUGGCAUGAGCAUACAUGCGUGCGUGUGUGUGUGUGUGUGUGUGUGUGUGUGUGUGUGUGUGUGUGUGUAAGACCCCUCAGCUCUCCCUGGGUGAGUUUUGAAAGAGCUGGACACGUGCCUUGAAAUUGACUUCUUAAUAAUUCCCCCCCCCCACACACUAUAAUUUGACUUGCACCUUGAGAUAGAUGACAAAACCAGCAAUGACAGUCUUAGUCAGCACCUUUCUAUUCCAAAUAGUGGACAAAUAUGCAGACCUGCAUAUUAAGCCCCCAGUGGAGACUCAGUCGGAAGCUUUACUUUUAACCAAAUAACUAAUGUGUUUUUUAAACGAGUACCAGCAUUCUCAGCUGCGUUAUGCAGCACCUUUCUACAUUUUUCAUUUCCUAGCUGAAGCUGAUAUUUCAGAGAAUAGGCCCAAGCUGCUUGGAACUCCAUUAAUCCUUGGUUGGCAUUCUGUUCUCCUUUUUUCCGUCACACAUUGUAAGUGAGACCAAGUAAUGCCAAACGCUGAGUGUGGUAGUCUGAUUUGUAGGCAACCCCAGAUCCCUGGUCAGUUCAUGAAGCUAUAACUGCACAUUUGACCCAGGGGGCUGUUAACAAUGGUACAAUUGAAAGCAUCAAACUGGAGUCUUUCAGAAAACCCUUUUUUUUUUCUUUUAAAUUUGUAUAUUGUCCAUCUGUUUGAACAGGAAUAAGAAUGUGACAAGACCCUUUAAAGAAUGUGCACUGAAUGUGAAUUGUUACGUGGAAACACUAAACUGUAGUUUCUUUCUAGUAAACUGGAAGAUGGCACGCCAUUCAGAAGUCACACUGUAAGUGGGACGCGAUCGAGACAAGCGUUAUGAUCGACUAGGUGCUCUUUUAAUGUCUCAUCCAAGGCUCUGAAACAAUACACUUACCUUCUGUACCUUUUGAAUCUGUUGAUUUCCUGUUGACUGUGCAGUCACUGUAAUCAUGUGAAAAUCAUGUAGGACUUGCUUCAAAUAACCAUAAAAGAGGAGAAAAAAAAGGAUCACCGUCAUUAACUGAUGCUGGUAGUCAUAAAAGAUUUGUUGUUCAUGUAGACUUACAAUAGGAUUCUUGUUUUCAGAGCGUUGUAUUUUGAUUAUUUUUUAAAUCGGAUGUUUCAGUGCUGAUGGAAGAAGAACUGGGUCUUUCCACAAAGGCGAUUGGAGAAAUACAGCAUGUAUUUAUUGCACUUUUGUGAUUUGGGUGUGCUGUUUUUCUUUUCUUGUGAGACUUAUGAAAGCUGUGAAUUUUAUCAUCAACACUGUACUGUCAACAAAAAUUGUAAAUAUGUCACCAGCACAAGAAUGUUUUGUAGCUUCACAACAAAUAUAAAAAAAGUUCUUUCUUCUAA